UCUCUUAUUUUCCCUUACUACAAAUUUUUUUAUAAUAAUACAGGCCAUGGAAGACCAAGUACCCGAAGUACCUCUUGUUCUCGUAUCCAACGCCUAUUUGGAAAAGAAGGCGUCUCUUAUCAGACAAAAGCCUAUUCUUUGGGAGGGUUAUGAACGCGCAAGCUUAUUAUCUCAUGAGCAAGUGGAGCUUAUCAAGGCCAUUGACAAACAACCCGCCAAUGUCAUUCAAGCUGCCAUGAAUGAAAAGGGACAUACUUAUGCUUCCCUCAUCUUGUACUUGUUAGAAAACUUGUCGAGACCUGAUACCAUUCAAUAUGUCUGUUUAAUGACAGACGAUAUCCUUUCUGCCAAUGAUGCCAACGCUAGUUAUUUCCAUGCUACAUCAAAGGGAGAUCAAAACUACCCUUUCGGUCCCUUUUUCAAAGUGCUCGAGUCCGAAGAUGAGUUUAUGGCACUUCAAGCAUCUAAAGUCUUGACCAUGCUUGCUUGUUCCGCUCCAUCACCUACUCACGUUUCUCUCGAUGCUUUGUAUACUUGGAUCACUAAAAAGUUAAACAGUUCUUCUCCCGAUAUUGUAAACUUGGUUAUUCAAGAAUUAGAAUCCUUGUUACGUGUACAAGCAUAUCGUUUACCUGUUUGGAAUACUCAAAAUGCCAUCAAAGAGUUGGUUCAUCGUCUUUAUGUCAACAAAUCAGCCUCCACACCUCAAAUUCAAUACCAAAUUAUUUUUUGCUUAUGGCUUCUUACUUUUGAAAAGGAUAUCGCUGCCGGUAUCAAUGAGAAGUAUGAUGUUAUUCCAUUGUUAGUUGAAGUUGCCAAGUCUGCUGUCAAAGAAAAGGUGAUCCGUGUAUCUAUUGCUACUUUGAGAAAUCUUGUUGCAAAGGCACCUGCUCAGAAUUUGGCAGCCAUGUUGGUUUCUCGAUUAUUGCCAUUCACCGAGAACUUGAGUUCUCGAAAGUGGUCUGAUUCCGAUAUUUUGGAAGACAUUAAUUUUGUUAAGGAAAGAUUACAAGAAGAUUUCCAAAGUCUUACUACUUUUGAACAAUAUGCUUCUGAAGUAGAGACUGGCAAGUUAGAAUGGUCUCCUCCUCAUCGAUCUGAUGUAUUUUGGAAGGAGAAUGCACACAAGCUUGAGGAACAUAAUUACCAAUUGCUCAAGAUGCUUGCUCGUCUUUUGAGUUCUUCCAACAACCCCUUGGUGUUGGCUAUUGGUGCUAGUGAUAUUGGAUAUUAUGUCAAGUUUGCAAGCAAGGCAGGCAAAAAUGUCUUGCAAGAAAUUGGUGCUAAACAACGUAUUAUGGAACUUAUGACUCAUGAAGAUCAAGAAGUCAGAUACCAAGCUCUUUUAGCUGUUCAAAAAUAUAUGCACCAAGCAUGGUAGAUAAAUAAAUAAAUAAAAAAAAAAUUGUAAAGAUUCCAUCAUUA